AUCCCCGGAAUUUAUCAUGAAAAAAAAAAGAGUAGAGAAAAUUUUUUUAUAAGGUAUAGUUAAGUCUAUGUGUAUUAACUAUAGCAUAUUUAAAUUAUCUCUCUCUUUUUGCAAAUACUGUAUUAUACUGGUUGUAACUGUUUAAUGAAACUGGCCAAAGAUAGUAGAGACGUAAAGUUAAAUUGGAGUAUUCAUAAUGUUGUUUGGAACUUUGGAGUGAAUGUGUUUAACCAGCAAUAAUUAUACAUAAACUGAUAAUCAACAUAGAGGCUAUUUGUUUUUAACAUAAUCUUCCCCUUCUUCCGAAAUUUUAAAAAUUUUUUUACAAUAAUCCUGAUAUAUUGGGGAUUCAGUACAUAGAGUGUAGACCCUCUACCAAACAUAACUUUUUUAACCACAGCAUCAUCAUACAUAUAUUUAUAAUUUUAUUAUAUUUUUUUGUGCUAUUAUUAGUUGUGACUAAAGCAGACUAUUUGGAACGUAAUACAAGUUAAAAUAUAUCAGUGUUUAUUCAUUCAUUCAUACAAGCAACAUCAUUAUAUUACAAAAAAGAAAAAAAAAAAAAAAUGAGAAACUAAAUUAAAAUGAUUUUUUUAUCAAUUUUUUUGGAUUCAAUAAAUAUCAUUGUGACAAGUGUUUUGUGUUAGAUAUAAUAAAUAUAUUAUCAAGGUUAAAUUGUGAAUAUUUGAUUAUUAAAUAAUAAUAAUAAAAUGUAUUCGGAUGGUCAUGAGGUUGACGGCAGCUGGGUACUGCGAGUCUACGUCACCGAUUUACAGGUCGAAAGAAGCCUUCGGGUUAAAGGAGAACUUCAUAUUGGUGGUGUUAUGCUACGUCUUGUUGAAGAUCUUGAUAUUGCAAUUGAUUGGUCAGAUCAUGCUCUCUGGUGGCCUCAAAGAAAUUUCUGGUUAACAAGAACAAGAAGUACACUAGAUCAGUAUGGAGUUGCUGCUGAUGCUAUGUUACAUUUUACUCCAAUGCAUAAAACUCUGAGAGUUCAAAUGCCAGAUUUGAGAUUUUUGGAUUGUCGAGUUGAUUUUUCAAUAAAAACAUUCAAUGCUGUUAUAAAUUUAUGCAAAGAACUUGGUAUCAGACAUCCAGAAGAAAUGUCAUUUUGUAAACCACUUGAAACAAAUCAUUUAAAAUGUAAUUUAAAAGAUAUGCCAAUUAAAAAAAAAAUUGCAAAUCAAAAAAAUGGACAAUUAAAUUUACCAGCAGAUACAAAUACAUUUAUUGCUGUUGGACAAAAUCCAAAAGGUUCAAAUGGAAGUCUUGAUCAAAGUAAUCCAUUUAUGUGUGCACCAGUUACACCAAACAACAAAAAUAUCAGUACACCAAUAAGUUCUCCAACAAUUCAAUCAAGUACUUGGCAACGUAAUAAUAAUACAGCAUUUGGUAGUACUGGAUCAUUCAAUGCAAACAACAGUACAAUGAGUCUUGAAACAUUAAAUGGUGGUUUAACUGAAUCAUUAACUCAAAGUCCAACUUCAGUAUCACCAGAUGUACGUUCAAAGCUUAUAAAACCAAAAAGUUUAAUUGAACGUGCACGUAUGAAUGUUGCAUGGCUUGAUUCAUCAUUGUCAUUGAUGGAACAAGGUGUACGUGAAUUUGAUACAAUUAGAUUGAGAUUUAAAUUUUAUUCAUUUUAUGAUUUAAAUCCAAAAACUGAUGCUGUUAGAAUUAAUAUGAUUUAUGAACAAGCUAAAUGGCAAUUACUUGCUGAAGAAAUUGAAUGUACAGAAGAAGAAAUGCUCAUGUUUGCUGCACUUCAGGUACAAAUAAAUUUACAAGCAAAUAUGCCACAGCCAAAUUAUGAAACAAAUGAUACAUCAUCACCAGUUGAUAUUGAUGACAUAGAUGCUGCAUUAACUGAUUUACAAGUAAGCCUUGAGGGUGGUUGUACAAAUAAAGAAUCAAGUGAUAUAACACAAGUGCCUGAACUUGGUGAUUAUUUAAGAUUUUUUAAGCCAAAAAGAUUUACACUUAAGGCAUUUAAAAGAUAUUGGUUUACAUGUCGUGAUUUACAACUUCGUUUAUUUAAAACACGUGAAGAAAGUAAUAGUUCAGAGCCACCAGUAUAUGUUAUUAAUCUUCGUGGAUGUGAAGUUACACCUGAUGUUAAUUUAUCACAAGGACGUUAUGGUAUAAGACUUGAAAUUCCAAGUUCUGAUGGUAUGACAGAAAUGUGGAUAAGAUGUGACACAGAACAACAAUAUGGUAAAUGGAUGGCUGCUUGUAGAUUAGCUGCAAAAGGACGUUCACUUGCUGAUUCAUCAUAUGAAAGUGAAGUUAAUGAUAUUAUGUCAUUUUUACAACUUCAAAGACCAGCACCAGCACCAGCUGUUAAUCCAAAAUCACUUGAUAUAACACCAGAAGAUUAUGUUGCACCACGUUAUUCUAAAAAACUUAAAGGAAAGCUAGUUCAAAAAAUUCUUGAGGCACAUGCUAAUGUCAAAGAUUUAUCAUUAAUUGAAGCAAAAUUUAAUUAUAUAAGAGCAUGGCAAUCAUUACCAGAAUAUGGUAUAUCAUUAUUUGUUGUACGUUUUACUGGUAAAUCAAAAGAUGAACUACUUGGUAUUGCAAAUAAUCGUUUAAUGAGAAUGGACAUUCAUAAUGGUGAUCAUUUAAAAACAUGGAGAUAUAAUACAAUGAAAGCAUGGAAUGUUAAUUGGGAAGUUAAACAUAUGAUGGUACAAUUUGAAGAAGAAAGUGUUGUAUUUGAAUGUCGUUCAGCUGAUUGUAAAGUUGUACAUGAAUUUAUUGGUGGAUAUAUAUUUUUAUCAAUGCGUUCCAAAGAAGCUAAUCAAACUUUAAAUGAAGAAAUGUUUCAUAAAUUAACUGGUGGCUGGGUUUAAAUUCAAUUUAACAAUUAUUUUUUUUUUUUUUUCUUUCUAUUAUCAUGUUAUGUACCUUAAAAAAAAAAACAUAUUCAUAUUAUACAUAUGAAAAUAAAUAUAUAUUGAAAGCUUUUAACAGCACCUUCAAGCUAUCAUGUAGAAAAAAAUUUUUUUUUUUAAAAUAACUGCGUGAAAUGUAGACAAGAUUUAAAUGAAAAAAAAAAAAAUCUAUAAUAAAAUUUUAACAAACUUUAUAAAAGUAAUAAAUUAAUAAAAAUAAUAAUUUAAUAUUUUUUUUUAAUCAUAAUAAUCAGACGUUGGUAGAAAAAAAUUUCGUAAAUUUAUUUUUGGCUUAAUUAAUUUUUUUAAAAUUGAUUUUACUCCAGGCAUUUCCAUCACUUGAUAAAAUGGUGCUAAGUAAUUCAGUACAAAUUUUAAAUAUCAAAUUUUAUAUUAAUAAAAAUAUAUCAUCAUUUUAAUCUGUUAUUUUAUAUAAUAAAAAAAAAUAAAUAUAUAUAUUGUUCUACUUACUGUCAAUUUAUAAUUAACUCUAAUUAUAAUUCAAUGUAAAUUUAACAAAAAAAAAAAAAAAAAAAUUGUAGUUUUGUACAUUAAAUAGUUGGUAAUAUAAAACAAUAAUAAAAAAAUUAAAUUUACCUAUAUGUAUUUUAAAU